GGUUAUGGGUCGCACGGCACCGUCGUUCUACGAGGCGAGUUCCAGGGUCGUGCCGUCGCCGUCAAGCGCCUCCUCAAGGACUUUGUCACGAUCGCGGCGCACGAGGUCAACCUGCUCCAGGACGCCGACGACCACCCGCACGUCAUCCGGUACUUCUGCAAGGAGCAGCGCGACACGUUCCUGUACAUCGCCCUCGAGCUGUGUCCGGCGUCGCUGUUCGACCUCGUCGACCAGCCGCUCGCGUUCCCCGACCUCGUCGUCCAGCUCGACCCGAAGCGGGCCCUGCGCCAGAUCACGUCGGGCCUGCGGCACCUGCACUCGCUCAAGAUCGUGCACCGCGACAUCAAGCCGCAGAACAUCCUCGUCUCGACGGCCAAGCGCGGCCAGCCGGGCCUGCGCAUGCUCAUCUCGGACUUUGGCCUGUGCAAGAAGCUCGACGUCGACGAGUCGUCGUUCCAGCAGACGUUCAACCACGCCGCGGGCUCGUUCGGGUAUCGUGCGCCCGAGGUCCUGCGCGGGCUCGUCGACCCGAACGAGGGCGUCAACUCGUCCGGCGCGGCAACGCCAUCGGCGAGCGUCGGCUCGGGCGGCUCGUCGACGACUUUGGCCGGCCUCACGUCGACCGACCCGAGCAUGCGCCUCACGCGCUCGAUCGACAUCUUCUCGCUCGGGUGCAUCUUCUACUACGUCCUGACGCGCGGCGAGCACCCGUUCGGCGGCCGGUACGAGCGCGAGAUGAACAUCCUCAACGGCAAGGCGAGCCUCGACCGCCUCGAUGGGCUCGGCGAGGAGGCUGUCGAGGUGCAGGACCUCAUCCUGCGCAUGGUCGCGACCGACCCUCGAGAACGCCCGUCCGCCGACCUCGUCCUCCUCCACCCCUUCUUCUGGAACGCUCAGAAGCGCCUCCUCUUCAUCUGCGACGCGUCCGACCGGUUCGAGAUCAUGACGCGCGACCCGCCCGAGCCGACGCUCCUCACGCUCGAGCAUCGCUCGCACGAGAUCGUCGGCGACGACUGGCAGAAGGCGCUCGACCGCACGUUCCUCGACAAUCUCGGCAAGUAUCGCAAGUACGACGGCGCGAGCGUGCGCGACUUGCUGCGGGUCCUGCGCAACAAGAAGCACCACUACCAGGACUUGCCCGAGUCGGUCCGCAAGGCGCUCGGCGACCUCCCGGCCGGCUUCCUCUCGUACUUUACGACCCGCUUCCCGCAACUUCUCCUCCACGUCUACGACACGGUCGCGACCCACCUCUCGGACGAGGCCAUGUUCGCCUCGACGUUCCACAUCCCCGAGGACGAAUCGUGA